CGGCUUUGCCCGAUGCUUCUUCCUCUCCGUUUCGGUGGUUUGUUUCGGCUGGUCCGGCGGGUCCCGGGACUUGCAGCGGAGCUCCGUCGGGCAGUGGGGGCUCCGAUCUUCCCGGUUCUCGGAAAGGGGCAGGAAGGAGCCAUGCAGCACUGAAUGGGCGACCCUGGAAGCGACGGGCUUUCUUUGCAAUUAAACUCUCCCAGCGUUUUUGCAGAAUUCGGGCUUCCCCUUUCGCCCUCUGGCCGGACGAUCAGCCGAGAGAGAUUCCGCUGGCGACUUUUAUUUUGUCCCUAUGUCCGAAACGCUGGGAUCGACCGCAGCCCGAGCUGGCUGCGUGAUCUCGGUGUCUCACUCCCGGGUCACCAGCGGAUCUUGCAGCGGCAGCGGCGUCCUCUUGAGUCCAGAUCCCCCGGGCCUCGUUCUUUGCCCCGGGAUCCUCUUUUCCCCUUUCCUUCUGGAAUCCGAGCAUCCCGAUUGGUCGCAGGGCAAAGUCCUGCUCUCCGAUCGCUUCUUCCCGGGCCUCCAGAUCCAGGUGCUUAAGGCAAGUGGUGGGUGCAGCAGCAGCAGCAGCAAAGCGGACCGGGAUUGCCUGGCUGGAGAUCUGGGGGAAAAUAAUCCCGUGCUAAGGUUUAAUCCGCUUUCGAAUCGGCGUGGAUCUCCCCACGGUUGGAAGAACUGCGAUGCUGAGCUCCUGAUGGUAGCCGCCUGUCCCCGGUUCCAGGAGGCCUUCUCCAAAAUCUUCAGCGCUUCGGAUCUAUGGCAUUUUGGAGGGAAUGACUUUGAGCAAGAGGUCAACUCUUUGGAACAGGACUUGCCUUGCCUGCAUUGGUUUGCUCUGCUGAGGAUCCUGGAGAAUGAUUCCUAUGGGGCAAGUUGGGCGACCUGUGUUCCAGCCGGAUCCCUCAGGAAGGGUGAUACCGUCUUCACCUGUGGCUCACCUUUCGGCUCAUUGUGCCCGGAGAUAUUCAUGAAUACCCUUAGUAAAGGGAUAGUCAGCAACCUGGCAGGAGCAAACAAUGCCCUCCUCUUGAUUGACGCGCGUUGCUUGCCUGGCACCGAAGGUGGGGGCGUCUUUGUCAUGUCAGGAAUGGGUCCUCAUCUGGUCGGAAUCAUUGUAGCUCCACUUUGCUGGAAAUCCACCGAGUGGGUUGGCUUGACUCUGGUUUGUGCCAUUGACUCCAUUCUGGAGAGUGUGGCGGGGGUCCUUUCUGGGUCUCCUUGGUUGCUCCCCAUGGAACAUGUGACCAGGUCGCACGCUAUGAUGGUACACAGAAAUGGACUGGACAGGCACCUGUUGGAUGCUGUGGUUCUGGUAGAAUGUGGGUCGACCUGGGGGUCCGGGGUGAUGAUUAAUUCAAGGCUGCUGUUAACCUGUCGGCAUGUGAUCGGCGGAGCAUCAUAUGUCCGUAUCAGGUUUCUAACCAGUCCUAACAGGGGUUCUGUAGUGAAAGGAAAGGUAGUGUUUGCAACAAAGGACACUUCUCCAUAUGAUAUUGCAUUGGUGGAGUUGGAAGAAGGUUUAUCCACAUUGCCAGAGCUUCCUCUAGCAUCAGCUUUUCAUCCAGGAGAAGAUGUGAGUAUUGUGAGCUUUGGUGUCUUCGGUCAGGCCUGUGGACCAUCCGUCACAUCGGGAAUCCUCUCGGCUGUGAUCACCGUGGAAGAUAAGCCAGUGAUGCUCCAGGCAACCAGUGCAGUUCAUGGUGGUUCAAGUGGAGGCGCCCUCUUUGGCACCCACAGUGGGAAACUUCUAGGAAUCGUUGCCAGCAACACAAGGGAUAACAACAUCGGUGUGACCUACCCUCACCUAAACUUUAGCAUUCCCAUUACGGUCCUGCGGUCAGCCAUUUUGGAAUAUAUCCGUCACGGAAAUCUGCAUGGCUUUCAAGAACUAGACAGAGUAGGAGGAAGAAUUCAGGUUGUCUGGAGACUCCAAAGAGAACCUGUGGAGAUGCCACUCAGCAAACUAUGAGAAUUUUCACCCAAUGAAGAAGAAUAGAAGAAUAUCAGCUUCAUAUAUCUUAGGUCCAGGCUACCUGUUGAACUUUCUCAUCCCGCUAGGACAAGCCUUGUCUCACUUAUACUGGCAGGGAGGACCUACUUGGAUCCCAUCGGUCAAAGAACUCCAACUAUCGGGAUCUAGAAGAGCCUCCUCUGCUGUAGCACCUUUGGAAUAUCUUAUCCUUCAAAGUGACAUCUACCUCCGCCCUCUUAUCCUUCCCUAAGACUGUGGAGAUCUGGCUGGGAGGAGUUCCACACUGGAGGUGUCUGUUAAAUUGAUACAAAACGCUUGCUCUCUGUUUCUCUACCCAUCCAUCUUUUAUUCUCAUAUCGCUGUAUCGUAUGUUUUCUUUCUCAUUCUUUAUUCCAUUGUUCCAUUACUUUGCUUACUGUUACAUUUGCGCUUCUAUUCAUUUUUCUGUUUUUAUUGUUGUAAGCCAUCUAGAAUAGCCCCGCUUGCAAGAUAGGCGACAUAUAAAUUUAACAAAUAAUAAAAUACAGUAUGUCCUGAUUGCACUAUACUGGGUUGAAGUGCUUCUAUUGCUGUUGUAAUCAGCUCAGUUUAUGGAAUUGACCCCUAAUUGAGGGAUUACAAGGUUGUACAAAUAAAAGAGAGAGUUUGUUUCAGUAGCAAUAGCACUUAGACUUGUAUAUCGCUUUACAGUGCUUUUACAGUCCUCUCUGAGCUGUUUACAGAGUCAGCCUAUUGCCCCCAACAAUCUGGGUCCUCAUUUUACCAAUCUCGGAAGGAUGGAAGGCUGAGUCAACCUUGAGCCUGGUGAGAUUCGAACUGCCAAAUUGCAGGGAGCCGGCAGUCAGCAGAAGUAGCCUGCAGAACUGCACACUAACCACUGCGCCACCAUGGCUCAUCUUGUAGCUUUCUUGGCUAGGCAUUUAGUUUGAUUUUAACAACCCUCACUUAGUCUUCCUGCCCUAAUCUUCCAUUACAGGUGGUCCUCAACUUACAACCAAAAUUGGAUUUAAAUAUCACUAAGCAAGAUGUCAUUAAGUGAGUUGCACACAAUAGCAAUAGCACUUAGACUGAUAUACCGCUUCAUAGUGCUUUGUAGCCUUCUCUAAGCAGUUUACAGAGUCGGCCUAUUGCCGCCAACAAUCUGGGUCCUCAUUUUACCCACCUGGGAAGGAUGGAAGGCUGAGUCAACCUUGAGCCUGGUGAGAUUCGAUCUGCCAAACUGCUGGCAGCCGGUGAUCAGCAGAAGUAGCCUAUAGUAUUGCACUCUAACCACUGCGCCACUGCGGCUCAAUUUUACAACCAGAGAGGUCCAUGUGAUGUGAGUUUGUUUGUGUUCUAGUUUGGGUAAUGGGCAAUGAAACAUCUGCAAGAAAAAAAGCAAGCUCAGAGAGCCCCAAGGACCCCUCAUUUCAACCUACAAAUAUUCUCCUUUAUUAACUUUGCAACCUUUUUUGCCGUGGUUAAGUGAACCACUGUGGUCAUUAACUGAAUCACACAGUUGUUAAGCGAAUCCAGCUUCCUCGGUUGAGUUUGUGGCCAAGCACCUGAAUUUUGAUCACAAAAUGCGGCAAUGGUUGUAAAUACAAAAUUGAUUGCAAGUCAUUUUUUUCAGGUUUGUUGUAACUUUGAACGGUUGCUAAAUGAACAGUCGUAAAUCAAGGAUUACCUGUAACCCCUGACAGUGUCUAUGUCUAUCUUGGUCAAGCACCCUCCUUAUUCUCUUACAAUAUGUCCUGCAUUUUUCCAUUAUGCCUGGAAUUCUCUUUUAGAAUAUCCCAUCCUUCAAAUCCUUUGUAAAAGCUCGCUUUUCUAUUAUCUCAUUCUAAUAUGCAGCCUGUGCUUUUUACCCUUUGCUUCCCAUUGUCUUCCUGAAUACAGUGGUACCUUGGUAUUCAUCCUUAAUUUGUUCUGGGAGGUGAGAUGAAUAGCAAAAAUGAUGAGUACCAAACAGGUUUAACAUAAGGAAUAAUAUAGUGAGUCAUAAGGCAAGUGACACUGACAAAUUCUGUGUUGAGUACCGGGAUAAAGAUUUUACGUCAAAAUGCGUUUGAGUACCGAAUUCGAUGAGUUUCAAAGCAGUGGAGUACCUAGGUACCACAUUAAUCGAAAUUUAGGUUAAUUCGUGGGGGAACAAUCUUUCUUCCUCUUUGUUAUGGUGCUAUGUAAAUAAAUAAUAACAGAGAGUGCUUUAUCUUACGUACUGGUGCAUUUAAUAUCUUUCUCUGGCCGCUGUAUAUUUAACUAAUCACCAUUUUAAAUACUGUCCAAUUUCUUCUUUGCUUGGUUUGUUGAGCUUUAAAAAAAAAAGUUCUAUCAUCAGAGAUGUAUAAAACAGGCUGUUUGUCUGUCAAAUGGAAAUGCCCAUUUGUUUCAUACAAUAUAAAAGGAGCGUUUCUCAAUCUUAGCCGCUUUUAAGAGGUUUGGACUUCAACACCCAGAAUUCCUCAGCCAGCCUAGCUGGGAGUUAAAAGUUGAGACAUCUUAAAAUGGCCAAUGUUGAGAAACACUGAUAUAAAGGAUCUUGGUUUGUUUUGAUCGUAUUGCAUAAAUCAGGCUCCUGUGGUUUGUUUCAAGACCUUUUGAGUUUAGAAUUAUGUAUGAAUGUAAUUAAAAAUUCAGCUUCAGAUAUGAUUAAAUAAUGACUGAUGCUGUUUUUCUC